CGUUGACCACUUACUAAUAACAACAACUUGUCGCCUUGACAUUCGAUUUUGGAGGCUUUCUCCUUGAUGUCGGGCAGAGCUUUGCUCCAAAGUGCACCUAAAGCUUCGAUCUGAGACCAAAAUCAAAAUAUAUCCCGAAGGAUGUGGAUUCAGCGAAUUGGUUUGUGCUUCACAGCAAUUGUGACUGUUAUACCUGGGCUUUGGGGGUCCACUCUGUACCCAAAAUGUUGGAUCAAAGAUGGUGAAUGUUUGGAUCAAAACAAGGGUCCGCUUUUAAAAGGAGUCAAGCCACAAAUCAACCAAAAUAUUGUCGGAGAAUCAAUAGGCGAUAUUACCAGCUUAGACGAUUGUGUGUCGAAGUGUGUCGAAAAUCCAGAUUGUCGGUACUUCACAUACUAUGCCAAGCCAAUAUUUCAGGAGAAAAGGAAUCAGUCGGAUUGUCAAUUGGUGGGAUUCAAUUUAAGACAAGCGUGCUUCAAUCUGGAAAACACGUGCGUUCUAUUGAAGAACUGCCAAAUCUUUAAUUCAACAUGUGCGUCCUGCAAGACUGGGAUCAGGCCUCUGGUGGACCCCAAGGAGGAAAAACUUACCGUCAUAUUGAAUGGGCUGACAGACGAUCGAAAUUUCAAGGCCACGGAAACUCCUCAAUACAGCGAGACAGACGCCGCUAUUAGCGAAUUAAUUAUAAACUCGACCCGUACUUGUGAGCUCAAGAGCAUCGGAUUGAAACCUCGUUAUGGAUCGGCUGCCGGUUUCAUCAAUGGAAAAAUGAUCAACUGCGGAGGGUAUUCCAAUAACGAAUCCAGCUAUCUGGCCAUGUGUCAGCAUCAAACCGCCAAAGAUCAAGAUUGGGCAAACACCGCCUCUCCUUUGAAUGUGAAACGGGCCUUUGCCGCCAGCGUGAUCGUUCCCAAGACCGACGACCAAACUGAAGUGUUGUAUUUGAUGGGCGGGUACAAUAGCGACGAUGGGUUCUUGGAUAGCGUGGAGAAGUACGACGCGACCGCUGACACCUGGAGUGUGGCCACACCCAUGGCCGAACCCAAAUCCCACUUUUGCUCGGUCAUGGCCGCUCCGACUGUGGAUGGAAAGAGGUUCGUCUACACCAUCGGUGGAUGGAAUAUCGAUUACUUGAACACUGUUCAUCGUAUGAGCAUUGGCCCAGAUGGAACCGGAACCACGUGGACGCCCGUAUCCGGUUUGAAGGUGGCCAGGAGUGAUCAUGCUUGCGCUGAAGUCCAAAUGGGAUGGGAUCAGGGCAUCAUGGUGGCGGGAGGCUACCGAAAGGACGGCGCCUGGCUCAGCUCCAUUGAGUUCUACAUCUAUGACAAGGGGGACGAGUGGCAACUUAUCGACUUCCUGCCCUACUUAGUGAACGGUCGCCAUAACCAUGGUUUCACCACCCUGUCCAUGAAGCCCGCCAUAUUUGGCGGAUGGAACAACGGAUCCAUGAAUUCCAUUGAGCUUCUUAAUGACUGCAAGACCCCGAAAACUUGGGAGGAACAGGCCACCCAGCUUGUGGAGCGACGGGAGAGAUUUGCCACGGUGCGAAUACCCAAGAGCUUUGCUGCUGAUUGCUCGAUGCCGUAGAAAGGCUCUCUUCACAAGGCUGGAUUACCAUUGUUUCAUUGACUCCCUCUGUCUUUUCUCUCAUCCAUGGAUUUGGCUUCUUUUCUGAAAUUCUCCCCUUCCAAUUCACUUUCUCUCCUUCGUUCUCUUUCGUAAAGUACUCCUAAGUUGUUGUUUUCUUUGGAGGAAAAAGCAAAGAAAUUUUGAAGAAAACGUCAAGCCCUUGUUGUCCGGUUUACAUCGGUUUUCCCGGCCAACAGAGAAUACAAACCUGUGUAAAAGCAAUUCGCUGUAACGACAAGAGUUGGAACGGAAAAGUCUGUGAUAUAAAUUCAAAUGUAAGCUGAGGCCCAGAAAGGUUCGUACUUGAGGCGUAAUCACAUUCCCCCACAUUAUGCUUUGUAAUAGGACCUUCUGAGGAGGCUCUCGUUUGUUCUCUCUCUUUUUGAAUUAGCCUCAUUUCGACACAGACACACAGAAAAACAACAUUGAAUACGCCAGAGUACAGUUCGCUGCGAAUCUGUGAUAGCAUAUGGAAUUUGAAAACCUACCUGGAUUUGGCGCAUAUUCAAACCUUUAUCAACAGUAUUAUUGUACCAUGUACAUGUAUGUAUCUUCUUGGGAGUUGAGCGGACGUAGUCGGUUGCAUACUUCAAAAGCAGUCCGUUUUGUUAAUAGAAAUGUGACCUACGUGCGUAUCUACAAUUUGUACAUGCACGACGAUGUGAAAGCUUUAGGCUAUAUCCUGAAAACCCACUUUGAUAACAUGCUCAGACUGGAAUUAUUUACUCGAAGCCCAUUGAAGACCCAUAAGUCACCAUUGUAAAUAGGCUAGUCGAGGAAAGAUGCCUUGAUGUGGAGAGUGGGGCUCAUUGAAGCGUGAGUGGAACAACGACGAGUCUGCUCUUAUCUUGGAGGCAAAUCAAUAAAAGAUGAUAUUUUA